ACUCAUUAAUCAUGCUACAACCUAGUAGUAGUAUCAGCAUGCCCCCGUCUUCUAGUAACUUCUCACUUACUCAUCUAUCUAAGAAUCAUAUCAUAAAUGAUAUGAUACAACAAGUGCGGUCUAAACUGAUGAUCACACUCAAGGAUACGAAGAGAGCCUCAGAUGAUUCUCUAGUAGUUGCAAGACCAUUAGCUUUGAUAUUAGAUUAUCAUGGUUUAAAGGUCCUAUCCAGUUGUUGUACAACUACAGAUCUAUUAGAAGAAGAUAUUGGUAUGAUCGAUCUAUUAGAGAAUGAAGAACGUGAGUUAGCAGUUGAUUAUGAUGCAGUUUAUCUAGUCCAACCUACACCUGAUUCCAUUGAUCGUAUAAUACGGGAUUUCAAGGAUUAUGAUACUAAGAAGAAGAAGAAGUUCCGUCCUAAAUACCGUUCUGCAUUUGUAUAUUGUACAAGUCCAAUGCCCAAGAGGGUUAUGGAUCAGUUAGCUUCAGUAUCUGAGUUUGUGAAUCGUUGUGGAGCUCUUGUCGACUUCUUCCAAGACUACGUUUGCUUUGAUGAGAGGUCUUAUCACUGUGACCAGCCAUUAGCUAUCAAUGCGUUAUCCUCCCAGAGCUCUGAUUCCGACUACUUUAUUAAUGCUCAUUUGAAUUCAAUAUUGUCAGUGUGUACUAUGUUGAAUGAGAAGCCUAAGGUUAUACGAUAUCAAGCUGGUACACGAUCAGGAUUCCCUAAGCUUAUUGCUGAGAAACUUAUGCACAAUCUGGAUCUAGUGUAUUCAGAAGCCUCUACUGAUAAGCCACCACAGAGCAAUUGUAAAGUACUCAUUGUAGAUAGAUCUAUCGAUAUAGCAUCAUUGUUAGUACAUGAUUUCCAUUAUGAAGAUAUGGUAUUGGAUUGUCUUGAUUCAGCAGGAGUAGAAUGGAGUCUUGGAGAGGAUGAUGAUGAUUAUGAUAAUAAUAAUGAUGAUGGUAUAGUCUCACAGAGUAUAGUCCUCUUCCUCCUUCGUAGUGAUGUUAUAUACCUCUUAGCAACAGCUGCAUCAAGAGUAUCAGUUGUACCUAGUUAUCUAUAUAAAUAUGAUGAUAAUGGUCAGAUUAAAGAGGAACGAAUGUUAUUAUCAGAGAGAUGUGAUGAGAUGUGGGCUAAGUAUCGACAUAUGCAUAUAGCUGAGGUAUCAUCCCUUAUACAGGAGGAUAUACAACAAUUUAAUGAUACUAGCAAGAUCAGUAAAUUACAGAGUAAUACUGAUGAUGAUCAUGAUGAUGAUGAUAGUGGUAUUAAGAAGAAUGGCUUGAAAGAUGGUGUUGAGGCUAUCAGGGAGCUUCCAAUAUAUAAAGAGAAAUUGAAAAAGUAUUCUAUGCAUGUUGAUAUUAUUAAUGCUUGUAACAACUGUAUCGAGACAUUGAGCUUAGGUCAAGUAGCUGAGGUUGAACAAGCAUUGGCUACUGGGGUUGAUGAUGAUGGUCAUCUUGUAAGUAGUGAUACUAUACUUCCUAAGAUCAAUCACCUACUGAGUAGUAAUACUAUUGGUGAUGAACAGAAGCUCAGGCUAAUAGCAUUGUAA